AUGGAGAUUAGCAAAGGAAGAAAGAAAGACUCGAUAGAGCAGUUUAUUGAGCUGCCGCAAAUCAUUCUAGAUACUAGCCUUUCACAGCUCCGCUACAUGAUCCUCAUCGAGGGGCUUGCGGUUCCUGAUGGCUAUGAUCAAUGUCCAUACAGAGCCCACGUCUGGUCCAUCUUAUGCAGAGUCCCUGUUUAUCCUGUUAAUAAAUAUGCAAAGUUGAUAUCAGAAGUCCCGGCAAAGUUAUCUCCAGAACUAUAUCGCAAGAUAAAAAAUGAUACAUUCAGAACAUUGAUGAACGACAAGGCCUUCCAUGGCAAAGUCAGUGAGGAGUCACUAACCAGAAUCCUUCUGGCGGUCGCCAUCUCUAGGCCUGAUAAUAAAGUCGGUUAUGUUCAAGGAAUGAAUGUUUUGUUAGCGCCUAUUGCAUUUUCCUGUCAUCGAAGCGAGCCCCAGGCUUUCGCUUUGCUCCACCACUUGGUCAACGAACAGCUUCCAUUAUAUGUCACAGCAAACCUCGAUGGCGUCCAUACUGGCCUAAGUCUCGUGGAUGUGGUUCUUCGAAUCAUUGAUCCAGUGUUGAGCGAAUAUUUAGACUCCAAGUUUCUCAAAGCUGAGAUUUAUGCCUUUCCAUCCGUCUUGACAUUAUGCGCAUGUACACCAACACUUAAUUCCCUUAUAAAGCUAUGGGAUUUCUUAUUUGCAUAUGGUACUCACAUGAACAUUCUAUUCGUGGUAGCACAGCUUAUCAUGAGCAGAUCAGCUCUUCUUGAAUCCCCACAACCUAUGAAGUUAUUGCGUAACUUUCCUCCUUUGAAAGAAAACGAUAUAAUCAAACUAAGCCUUAGUUUCAUCCCAGUGCUUCCGAAGGAAUUAUACAGCUUAAUCGCAAGACACGGUUUCGACCCGGCUGUUCCCCAUCAACUUAAACACUUUAUGGCUAACAUGAAAAAUGCGUCGCCUCCUCAAAGUAAUCCACGCAAAUAA